AUUUAUUUUUUUUAAAGGUGAUCAAAUCAUAAUUUUUUUGCAAUCUCAAUUAUCCCCAUAAACUUAUCAUCUUAUCCACACAACUACAAACCUUCCACGUGGACACAUUUCCUUCUCUCCUUCCAACAAAACUUUCCCCAAAAUAAUCAAACACUCCCUAAACUCAUUCUUCUUCUCCAUCUUCAAUCCUCCAAUGUCCAUAUCCGGAUUAACUAAUACCUUUUCGAACCCUAACCCUAGAAUUUUUAAUUCAAUUUCUGUAUCUUCAAAUCCCCAAUUAUUGAAUGGAAAUUACAGAUUCAAAUUUAGGGUUUGUGCUAAAGUCACUACCCCUGAACCAAAUGCUGGGGUUUUGGGUCAAUUUUCUGCUCCUGUGAAACCUAGUAGCUCAAUGACAUCGUCUUCUUCUCCGAAGAAGAAAACGGAAGAUGAAGAAAAGCAAGAUUACUAUCUCAAUAUGGGUCAUGCUAUUCGCUGUUUGCGCGAAGAAUUUCCUGAAUUGUUUUACAAGGAACCCAGUUUCGAUAUUUACAGGGAUGAUAUCGUGUUCAGAGAUCCCCUUAAUACCUUUGCUGGCAUCGAUAACUACAAAUCAAUCUUCUGGGCUUUACGAUUCCACGGGAGGAUAUUUUUUCGGGCUUUGUGGGUUGAUAUAUUAAGUGUAUGGCAACCAAUGGACAAUGUCAUAUUGGUCCGUUGGACUGUCCAUGGAAUCCCGAGAGUCCCUUGGGAAAGCCAUGGUCGUUUUGAUGGUGUUUCGGAGUACAAGCUCGAUAGAAAAGGGAAGAUUUAUGAGCAUAAAGUUGACAACAUUGCUCUCAACUCGUCUCGGAAGUUCCAGGUUCUCUCUGUCGAGGAAUUGAUCCUUUCCCUUAGUUGCCCAUCAACACCAAAGCCUACAUGCUUUGAGUUUUCUCCCCCUUCAUCCGAACUCAUCCCAUUUGCGGGAAAGAUGAAAUCUGUAAGUAAUUACUUGAAUAACGCCCUGGAUUUUUCACAUGGACAUGAUGCGCAAACAUCUGAGAGAUCAUAGUCGUUUACUGAUAAGUAAAUUUUGCUAGUGUUAUAUAUACUUCGAGCUUAUUCAUCGUUAGUGUUGGAGACCUAUAUAGUUGGCUUACCGCUGCUUGAACUAGCAAAGCAUACGCCUGUAAGUUAUAUACUAAUAAAUCAUUACGGUAUGCUGGAACUCGAUGAAUUCUUGUAGGAUUGUAUGAAUUCGAAUACCCAACUCGAUCAUAUGUAAUUAAGCAAGGUAUAGUAUUGUAAAUUGUAAAUUGUUUAUAUAGUAUACCUAUAUAAAGCGUAUAAGUUGAAUUUUAGGUUCUCCUUGCUAGUUGCUAAAUUUGCUUUGGAUUUAUUCCUCCGUUCGUUCUGAUUUGUUUGUUUGCUGUUAAUAUGUAAAAGAAAUUAUUUUGAAUUUUUCAUGUUCAUGGCUUGACA